CACUGUUUAAAGUUGUUACAAGACAGACUAACUCUAGGUCACAUGGAAUAGGUUGGCGGAUUGCUGGAAGUAUUCUAUGGGUGCAAGAGAUUGUCGUGGUUUUUUCAUAUGGUGUGUCGUGCCGUAGUAUAUCAACCUGUGUCUAUCUCCGCCUAUGUCACAUUCUUUCGAUGCAAUAGAAGGUCGAUAUCAAUCUUUUACGUCCGAACCAUGUGUGCUGGAGAAGCAGAUACAAAUGAAUCAAUUUGGCGUCGGUAACGCUGCCAUCCGCUUAUCUUUUCUUGAAUACUACUGCAAAAAUGAGACUCCUCAUUUCCAAACAGACACAAGUAUCGAUGGCAGCAUAUUUUGCAUUAACGUAGGAAAUGAAAUACGCAUAUAUACACAGGAUCACGCGCAUUCUUCGAACGAGCGCAGAUUCUGUGGUGGUUCUCCAGCCCACAUUAGAUUCAGAGCACCUUUAACAUCACAUUGCUUUAGACGUGCCACAGACAAAGUAAGAGACUCUCAGUUAUUGAUUGGAUUGGCCAAUGGUGAAAUAAAGUUGAUUGAUCCUCUCAAAGAAGACCCAAACAAAGUUUUCAAUGAAGGGUCUGUCGAUGAAACUCCCGUAACCUGUGUCGGCUGGGUUCCUCAUUCACCUCACCAGUUCUUAGUCAGUCAUUCCAGUGGGUGUAUGUAUUUGUACGAUGAAACACUUGCACAGCUGUCAGCUCCAACAUAUAACCUAUUUAAACAAGGUAUUGGGUUUUCAGUACAUACCUGUAAGACGAAAUCUACAAGAAACCCAUUGUAUCGAUGGUCUUUGGGAAGUCCUAACACAUCAAAGUUGGAUAACACGAAACCACCGUCGAAAACUUCUGACCACAUUAAUGGAUUCGUUGCCAACAAAAUAUGUGAGACGCAAACCGAUUCGUUAAGUUGUGACUCAUCAGCUAUUAGCUCAUUGUUUGAUGAUAAUAAUGUUUCCAUCAAUCAGUUUGCAUUUUCUCCUUGUGGCCGUUUCCUUGCCAUCAUUACAGAAGAUGGUUACAUGAGGGUGAUGGAGUAUCAUGAGAUGGAGCUAUACGGGUUCAUGCGUUCAUACUUUGGUGGUUUACUUUGUGUAGACUGGUCCCCAGAUAGUUUAUUUAUUGUCACUGGGGGACAAGAUGACCUAGUAACGAUUUGGUCAGUUCUAGACAGAGCUGUUAUUUGUCGCUGUCAGGGCCACAAAUCUUGGGUUAGCAUGGUGCGCUUCGAUCCAUAUCUAUGCCCCACUAAUAAUGAUAUUUCUAAUGAUGACUCAGUAUCUGCCUCCUCACGUUCCCACUCACUUACAACGAACCAUGAAGAGUUGGACGAAAGUUCAGUUAUUAGAAAUUCACCUGUUACAGUUUGUGAAAGUAAUGACCUUAAAACUUACCGUCUUGGCUCAGUUGGGCAUGACACUAUGUUGUGUUUAUGGGAUCUGACAGAUGAUAUAAUUCGUCAAGGAGUUGCAUUUAUUCGUUCAGCAAUAAAAAAUUCAGACAACAGCUUCGGGAAUCUUACCUGUGAUACUACUUUUCCUCAUAUAACAAACUCUUCUGUUUUGAAUAUGACGUCUAGUUCUGUUUUGAGCUGUAAUACAUCUACAGCUUUACCAUCCCCACAGUCAGGAAAUGGCUCAUCUACUUCUUCAACUGUUUCUUCUCCACAUAUUCACUCCACCCGACCUCCAGUCAAAUUGAGUGAUAGCCGUUUCUUGAAUAAACGCAAGAAUGUUGCCAGUCCCAUACCUUCAUCUGGUCCUUCGUCGAACGGGACAAACAGUAGCGGAUCCGAUAAAUCCAAAUCCAUUUUCCCACUUCGUGGUUUCCACUGGUCAAAUUCAAAUUCAAGUAAUCGAAUUAGUACAAGUGUUCGGUUUCCUCGUCUUGGUAAUUCAGAAAAGUUUAAUGGAUCUGCAACUAAUUCACUUAAGGCUUGUAACCUGAGUCGUUUAAGUGAAGUUAGAUGGAUGUUAUCAAUAACUGAACAUAAUAUUUUCGGUUCUCCGCUGUGCCCUCGAAUCAGUGAUGUACCUAUACUUGAACCACUUGUAUGUACACGAAUCUUAAAGGAUCGAGUAACUGAUCUUGUCUUUCGUCGUGAUACGAUUCAUAUUGUAGAUCAGCAAGGCUUGUUUUUGGCAUGGCAAAGACCUGUUGAAGUGAAAGAAAAUACAUCGAUUAAUCAAAUACCACUAUGUCAUUCAAAUGAUUGGGAUUCAUCUGCCUCAACAUCUAAUAAAGUUUUUCAAUAAUAAAUAAACUUAAAUUGAAUUAUCAUUUAUUGUGUUAUACUGUGAUAUUUGUAUUACCAAUACACACACACACAAAUAUAGGUCAUAAAAUGAUCUUUAUAAUUAUUAAACAUAUAUAUAUUUUCCACAACCAAUCAGUCAAUCCAUAAAAGAACAAAAAAGAAAAUUCCUCCCUAUUAAUGAAACCCAAUUCAUAUUAUUUUCAUUUCUUCUCGUUAAUGUGAAAAAGGGGAUUAAUGUGAUUAUAUUCAUAUUAGUCAAUUGUCUGUAAACAAAAUUAACUAUUUUUGCAUGUGUGUAAAUUAUGAAUAAGAAAAAUUCCACUGGUAUUAUGUAUAAUUAAGAGUAAAGUAAACAAAGAGAAAAACUUAUGCAUAAAUUGUAUGAUUAUCUUUCAUAUCCGGUAUUUCCAUUCCUCAUCAUAAUAUAUAUACUACAGUUCGUACUAUUUAUUUGUUCAUCUUAUCCUCAAUUAUCUGGAAAAUGUUAAAUGUACACGUAUAUAUAUAUAUAUAUAUAUAUAUAUAUAUAUAUAACUGUACAGUUUGCAAAAUCAUUACUAACAAGAAAUAAAAUGCUCAAUGUGACUUAUUCUCUUCACUUUAUCAAUUCAAUGUGUACGGAUAAUAUUUACUUUCUGGUUCCGUAAUUCAUUUAUUUGGGAGAAAACGAGUGUGAAUGUUGGUAGGGGAGGGAAAGGGGAAAACAAAAUGUUACCAAAAAGAUAGUUCCAUCGUCUUUACUCAAUCAGACCAUACAUGUGUCUUUUUUUCAUUGUUAAUGUUGCACAUUUUUCAGAUUACAUGAAUUGUACUACUAUGAUUGUCACUACUACUAAUGCGAUUAGAAGAAAAUUCUUUAUUAUUGAUUAACGUAAAUAAUUUAUUUUGCAAUACUAUCAAAAUUAACUUAUUUUUUACCUAUAUCAUUGUAAUUGUUAUGGCGGUUAUUUUGUUGGUUUGUUUUGUCACUGUUUCGUUUUUUAAACUGAGUCAUCAUUCAUCAACACUUUCUUGUUUACUGUAUUCCAUUGUUUGUUUCCUUCCAACUAUUUUAUUUUUACACAGGAACUAUAUGUAUUUACCUUUGUUCUCUGUUGCUCAGCAAACAACCAGCACUACUUAUUAUAGACUGCUGUUCAAUACAUGUUUGUCUGUUUUUGAAUCUAAUGGAUUCUAAGUAAGAAAUAGAGAAAUAUAUACAUGUGUACAUUCCUCAUUACUGAUUCUCUUCCUUUUUUCAUGCUCCUUCUUGAUCUCAAAAGAUUAUUGUUCAAUUGCCAAAGUUCACCAAUUAUUAUACUAAUAAUAACAGUUGUUAUAUAAUCACAACCUACUAUGUAACUUAACAAAUUUUACUUUGAUGAAUCUCCUACAUUGAAUUGUAUUGUUUAAAUGUUGAGAUUUUUUCCAAUGCCUUUCUUAAUCACUAUAAUCAUUAUCAUUUCAAUUUUCAUGUCUCGUUUAUUUUUUACUUUUAAUUAAUUCAUAAAUGUGAACUAACUAAUUCCUUUUUUUUUUGGAAAUCUUCAUUCUUCUGAAAGAAAAACUAAUCGUCAUAUGAAAUAAUCUCUCCAACUAAUCUAUAUUUUUUAUUUGUAAUCUAUAUUAAUGUAAAACAAGAAAGAUAUUAGGGAAAAUGUUUUGUUUUGUUUUGUUCAUUUCAAUAAGCAAUAUUCACUGUUAUAAUUGUUAGUAUAGUUUUCAUCCAUAUUAACUAUGAUGAUCAAUUAUUUGUUUUUAUUUAAUGUACAGAUAAGUUGUGUUCUUUAGUUAGUUAGUUUGUUUGUUAUUGAAAUAAUUGUGUAAAUUAGUAAUGAAAACAAUAAUGUUAAUAAUAAACAUGGGUAAAUCUCAACUGUUUAUUAAUUGUUGCUGUAUAGAUUUUUUUCUUUUGCCAUUCUCGUUGUUUUAUGUUUUUACUUAGUGUAUUGUAGAAAAUACCUUUAAUAUAAUAGUUAGUAGAGGAAUAGGGACCAGUGAUUUUCAAAUUAAAGUCAUUAAAAAUAAUAAAAGUCAAUUUCUUCAGCAACAUUUGUUUUGGUUAUAGUAAAGAAUUUUCAGCACGAAAUAUACAAUAUUACAAUGAAUUGUUCUUUAGUAAUAGUUUCUUCGUCGCCUCCUUCUGUUUUUUAUAAGACACAUAAAAGGAAAAUAUCUCUACACCUAUUGCGGCUUGGUUCGAAUUUCCGUAUUUAGCUUCAUGAUAAGUUGUAAGCUUUUAGUAAAAGUGCAUGAAUCAACAUGUCAUUAAUUAAAUUAAAUUUAAAAUGGAGAAAUCGUUAUGUUGGGGUAUAAGUGAGAAAGGUCUGAACAUGUUUUAAAUAUAGAACUGUUAUGAACUGUAAUUGGUUUAUGUUUAAAAUACAAGUCGUUUCUUU